CAUUGUUCUGCGCCCACAACGUCGUUAGGGAAGCCCGGCGGUUCUGAAAAGUGAGGUGGGAGUGGCGCGCAGCUGCAGGAGGUCGUGAAAAACCUGACUUGCCGCAAGCCGGGUCAGGAAGCUACUAUUCAGAGAAUGACUACACCAAACAAGACACCUCCAGGUGCUGACCCUAAGCAGUUGGAAAGGACUGGGACAGUACGGGAAAUUGGGUCACAAGCUGUUUGGUCACUUUCAUCUUGCAAACCAGGAUUUGGAGUGGAUCAGUUACGAGAUGACAAUCUGGAAACUUACUGGCAAUCAGAUGGUUCCCAGCCUCAUUUAGUGAACAUCCAGUUCAGAAGAAAAACAACAGUGAAGACGUUAUGUAUCUAUGCAGACUACAAAUCCGAUGAAAGCUAUACACCAAGCAAGAUCUCGGUCAGAGUAGGAAAUAAUUUUCACAACCUUCAAGAAAUUCGGCAACUUGAAUUGGUGGAACCAAGUGGCUGGAUUCAUGUUCCUUUAACUGAUAAUCACAAGAAGCCAACUCGAACAUUCAUGAUACAGAUUGCUGUUCUAGCCAAUCACCAAAAUGGAAGAGACACCCACAUGAGACAGAUUAAAAUAUACACACCAGUGGAAGAGAGUUCCAUUGGCAAAUUUCCUAGGUGUACAACUAUUGAUUUCAUGAUGUAUCGUUCAAUAAGGUGACUUUGAAACAGAACAAAAGAUGUUAAACAUACCUUUGUUUUAGCUUGUCAUUAAAUACUUUAUCUGGUAUCUUUAUUGAGAAAAGAUCAGUUAUUUUACAAUUUUUUAUGCAUUUAAAAGUAAUUUAUUGUAUCUUUAAUAAAUAAAUGAAUUUGGGGUCAUACUGUCUAUUUUCCUUAACAUAGGUUAAAGCUCACAUAUUUUACAUUAUUAAAAAUAGAUUUGAAGCCAAUAAUUACAUUUUUUCUUGUAUUAAGAGUAAACUAGUUGAAAUGAAAAUUUUAAGAUGUACAAAAUUUUUGCUUAUCAGGCAGUUAUUUCAUAUAAUAUGGAGCCCUGGUAGUGCAAUGCGUAAGUGCUCAGCUGCUAACUGACAGGUUGGUGGUACAAACCCAAAGGAGAAAGCUGCUUUCUGAAAGGUUGGUGGUACAAACUCCAAGACAGAAAGAUGUGGCAGUCCACUUGCGGAAAGACUGCCGCCUUGGAAACCCUAUCAGGCAGUUCUACUCUGCCCUAUAGAGUCACUAUGAGCUGGAAUUUGACUCAACAGCAAUGGGGUUAUUUCCUAUAAUGGUCGUACAUUAGAGUAAUGACUAUGUUUGGGAACAAAACUGUGUUUUAUCAGCAGAUGUAGUCUUUAAUAGGCCAAAAUCAUUUUUUCAAUUCAGAGAGAUUUUAUUCAUUUAAUAUUGGACUUAUUAAAAAUAUUAUCAAAGUAAGCUUAGCAUUAUGUAUCUGAUGAGAACCAUGCUGAAUUGAAUAUAAUUAAUUGUUUUAUAUUUACUUCCAUUAAAAAAAAACAAAACGUUUUAAACUAUUAGUUGUUGUUAGUUGCUGUCCAGUCUACUCUGAUUUAUGGUCACCUAUAAUAGAAAGAAAUGUUGUCUGGUCCUGCGCUAUCUCCAUGAUCUUUAGUGUGUCUGAGCCCACUGUUCAGGCAGUUGUGUCAGUCCAUCUCAUUGAAGGUUUUCCUGGUUUUCACUGAUCCUCUGUCACACAUGAUGUCCUCCUCUAGUGACUGGUCUUUCCUGAUAACAUGUCCAAAGUAAGCAAGAAGUCUUGCCAUCCUCACUUCUAAGGAGCAUCCUGGCUAUACUUCCUUCAAGACUGAUUUGUUCAUUCUUCUGGCAGUCCAUGGUAUAUUCAGUAUUCUUUGCCAACACCAUAAUUCAAAUGCAUCAAUUCUUCUUUUUUCAUUUUCCAGCUUUUGUAUGCAUAUGAGGCAAUUGUCAGGCACACCUUAGUCAUCAAAGUGACAUUUUUACUUUUUUAGAAUUUUAAACAGAUCUUUUGUAAUAUAGCAUUUGUUAUCUUGACCCCUGCUUCCAUGGGCAUUGAUUGUUGAUCCAAGUAGAAUAAAAUUCUUGACAGCUUCAGUUUUUUCCUAAUUUAUCAUGAUGCUGUUUAUUGGUCCAGUUGUGAGGAUUUUCAUUUUCUUCACGUUCAGGUAUAAUCCAUAUGAAGGCUUGGUCUUUUACCUUCAUCAGUAGGUGCUUCAAGUGGCCUUCAUUUCGCAAGCAAUGUUGUGUCAUUUGCAUAAUGCAAGUUAUUAAUGAGUUUUUUGCCAACACUAGUGCUUUAUUCUUCUAAGUCCAGCUUCUCGAAUUAUUUGUUUAAUAUACAGAUUGAAUAAGUAAGGUGAAAAGAUACAACCCUGCCACACUUUUUUCCAAUUUUGGAACCAUGCGGUAUCCCCUUGCUCUGUUCAAACUACUGCCUUUUGAUCCAGGUACCGAUUCCGGAUGAGCACAAUUAAGUGUUCUGGAAUUCCAUUCAUCAUAAUAUUAUCUAUAGUUUGUUAUCCACAUAAUCAAAUGCCUUUGUAUAGUCAGUAAAAUACAGGUAAACAUCUUUCUGGUAUUCUCUGCUUUCAGCCAAAAUCCAUCUGACAUCAGCAAUGAUAUCCCUUUGUUGCAUCCAUUUGUUGAAACAUCUCAGUUGGUAUUCUUUCAGUUCCUGGAGUCUUGUUUUUUGCCAGUGCCUUCAGUGCAGCUUGAAUUUCUUCCUUCAGUACCAGCUGUUCUUGAUCUUAUGCUACCUCCUGAGAUGGUUGAAUAUCCACCAGUUUUUUUUGGUACAGUGACUCUGUAUUCCUUCCAUUUUCUUUUGAUGCUUUCUGUGUUGUUCAAUUUUUACCCAUAGAAUCCUUUAGUGUUGCAACUUGUGGUUUGAAUUUUUUCUUCAUUUCUCUCAGCUUGAGAAAUGCUGAUCGUGUUCUUUUCAUUUGGCUUUCUAACUCUAGGUCUUUACACAUUUUAUCAGAAUACAUUACUUUGUUUUAUCAAGUCACCCUUUGAAAUUUUCUGUUCAGCUCUUUUACUUCACCAUUCCUUCUGUUUGCUCUAGCUACUCUGCACUUACGAGCAAUCUUUUAAACCCAUUGUUGUCAGUUGUCUUUGAGUUGAUUCUGACUCAUGGCAACCCCACAUGUGGAGAAUAUAACUGCUUCAUAGGGUUUUCAAGAUUGUGACCUUUUGGAAGCAGAUUGCCAGCCCUUACUUCCUAGGUGCCUCUGGCUGUGUUUGAACCAUCAACCUCUUGGUUAGUAGUCCAGUGCUUAAUUCUGAUGGUAUGUGAGCGUUCAUCAAUAUAAUCUGCUGUUUUUCUUAAUGCUAGUGAUGCUUGUAUUAUAGGACAGUUAGUUGUAAAUGUGUACCUGGCACUGUAGAAGCCCUUGGGGGAGGGGUAAUAAUUUUUAUAGAAAUCUUUUAAAAACAUAAAAUUGUUCCUUAUAUAUAAAAAAAAUUUGAAAGUGUUUAAAUGUGUUUGCUUUCCAUGAUUUAAAAUGGGUAGAUUUGAUUCUAUACACUUUGUGUGUGUGUGUGUCUAUCACUUUUUUGGCAGAUGGUUAUUUACACACAGAACUUCCCCAUAUUGGCUCUUGUUUGGGCAUGGUUGCUGACUAGUUCAUGGAAUGUAGAGUAGCCUGAAGUCUUGAACAGUAAACUUUAAAAAAAAUAAUAGUGGUUUUGCUUGAUUCUAACAUAGAGUACUAAUUUAUGUGGCUACUAUAAAAAGAAGCUUCACUUUUUUACUCAUCAAAAACUCUGCUAUUCUAAGAAAGCAAUUAGACCUAAUAAAUGAAUCAGCAGAGUGGCAGGGCACAAGGCCAAUACAUAAAAAUCAGUUAGGCUUCUAUACAUAAGCAAUAAGCAAGUAAAAAAGGAAAUAAGGAAACAUUACCAUUUACAGUAGCAUUAAAAAUAAUAAAGUGCCUAGGAAUAAGUUUAACCAGGAAAGUUUUGUACACAGAAAACUAUAAGACAUUACUAAAAGAAAUUACGGAAGUCUUAAAUGGAGGACAUUCCAUGUUCAUGGAUUAAAAGCCUUAAUAUAGUUAAGAUGUCAGUACUACCCAAAGCAAUCUGUAAAUUCAGUGCAAUCCUCAUCAAAAUUCCAGCAGCCUUCUUUGCAGAAAUGGAAAAGUCAAUCCGAAAAUUUAUACAGAAGGCCAAGGGACCCUGAAUAGCUAAAACAAUCUUUAAGAAGAAUAGAGUAGAGGACUCAACUCCUCAUUUCAAAACAUACUCUAAAGGCACAAUAAUUAAAACGCCCGAUACUGGUAAUACACAUACAGGCCAAUGGAAUAGAGUUGGGAAUCUAGAAAUAAAUCCAUACAUCUGUGGUCAACUGAUUUUUUUUUAAUGGACACAAUUUUGAAUUUUAUGUAAUUUUCACGUGUCACAAAAAUAUUCUUUCAUUUUUUCCAAACCAUUUAAAAGUGUAAAAAACUUUUUAUUAUUGUACUUUAGAUGAAGGUUUACAGAACAAAACUAGCUUCUCAUUAAACAGUUAGUACACAUAUUGUUUUGUGACAUUGGUUACCAACCCCACAACAUAUCAGCACACUCCCCUCUCGACCUUGGGUUCCCUAUUACCAGCUUUCCCGUACCCUCCUGUCUUCUAGUCCUUGUAUGAUCAACUGAUUUUUGACAAGGGUACUAAGUCCAUUCAGGAGGGAAGGAAGAGUCUCUUAAAUGAUACUGGAACAACUGAAUUCCUGCGUGCAGAAGAAUGAAUCAGGAUGCAUACACAAAAUCUAAAUUAAAAUGGUACAGGGACCUAAAUGUGCAAAUUAAAACCAUAAAAUUCUUAGAAGAAAAUGUAGAGGUAUGGCUUUGGGGCCUAGUUUUCAACGAUGGAUUAUCAGACAUGACAACAAAAGCAUGAACAGCAAAAGACAAAAUAGAUAAAUGGGACCUCAUAAAAAUUUAAUACUUUUUUUCAUCAAAGGACUUUAUAAAAAAAGUGAAAAAAUAGCCUAUAGAGAAAAUUUUCAGGAACUAUGUAUCCACUAAGGUUCUAAUAUCUAAAAUAUAUUAAUAAAAGUCUACAGCUUAACAAGCAACUCCAUGGGCAAAGGACUUGGACAGUUCCCCAAGAGUAGUCAGAAGGCUAACAAGCACAUGAAAAGAUGCUCAACACCAGUAGCCAUUGUUGCUGCUGUUGUUGGUUUGCCUAGCUGUAAUUUUAAGCAGAUUGCAAGGCCUACCUUCCAAGGUACCGUAGGGUGGGUUUGAACUGCGCACUUUUAGGUUAGCAGUCAAAUACAAACCUUUGGCCACCUGUUAUUGUGUGCUCUAGAGCUGACUUCGACUGAUAGGAACCCUGUGUGACAGAACUGCCCCAUAGCGUUUUUUUCUAAGCUGUAAUCUUCAUGGGAGCAGAUCACCAGAUCUUUCUCCCACAGAGCUAGUAGGUGGGUUCAAACCACCCACCUUUCAGUUAGCAGCCAACUGCUUAGCUGUUGUGCCACCAGGGCUCCUUCUCAUUAGCCAUUAAAAGAGAUGCAAAUCAAAACCACAACGAGAUACCACCUUACCCCCGUUAGAAAGGCAGUGAUCAAAAAAACAAAACAAUAGGGUUGGCGAGGUUGUAGUGAAACUGAAACCCUUAUUCAAUGCUAGUGGGAAUGUAAAAUUGUACAGCCACUGUGGGAACAGUUGGCGGUUCCUUAAAAAGUUGAACAUAGAAGUACCAUAUGACCCAACAAUUCCAAUCAUAGGUAUAUGCCCAGAAGUGAAGGCAGGAACGCAAACAAAAACCUGUACAUCAGUGUUCACUGCAGCACUUUCCACAAUAGCCAAAAUAUGGAAAUAACCAAAAUGCCUACCAAGAGACGAAUGAAUAAACAACCUGUGGUAUAUACAAACAAUGGAAUACUACCCAGCCAUGAAGAGGAAUGAUGUCCCGAUGCACGUCACAACAUUGAUGAUACUUGAAAACAUGCUGGGCAAAAUGAGCCACAAAAGAACACAUAACUGUGUGAGCUAACUUACAUGAAAAAAGCAGAUGUAUAGAAACCAAAGAUUAUUAAUGGUUACCAGAGGUGGGAGGGAGGGAAAGGGGGAAGGAAAGGCGAAGUUGUUGCUUAGGGGUCAUUGAGUUGAUGUUAAUGGUGGUGGAAUGAUUUGGAAAAGGAUAGUGAGAAUGGGUGCACAACGUGAAAAUCGUAAUCAGUGUAAGUGAGUUGUAUAUGUAGAAAUUAAGUUGGUGUAUGUAUGUAUAUUUUUACCACAAUUAAAAAAAAAACCUAUUCUUCCCAUGAAUUCAAGAAAGUUUUACUGCUGCCAUUUUAAUUUUGUUGUUUUGAAGAAAUAUGUUGGUGCUCAAUAGGGUCAUUUUCCCACCAAAAAGUCUCUAGCCAAAACUCAUUUGGGAUCACCAGAUUAAUAGGGAAAGCUGGGGAAGAAGAUGACUGAAGAAAAGCUGAAGUUAGAGAAAAAGAGAAUAUCAAGGAAAUAAGAAUAGAAACAUAUACUAAGCAGUGUGUUAGAUGCUUUGCUUUAGUUUGGUAAGGAAAAGAGUCAUGUAAAGAACAGGAUCUUAGUGGAGUCAGAGAAAUCUAAUUAAAAGUACAGGAGGUGUGUUUGCUCCUGCAGCACAUAUGCUCAAGUUGGAACGAUACAGAGAAGAUAAGGAUGACCUCUGCUUAAGGAUGACAUGCAAAUCAAUGAAGCAUUUCAUAUUUUUAUGAAAAGCUUUUGGAAAUAGGUAGUGGGGAUAGUUGCGCAACAUGGUGAAUGUUACUAAUGUCAUUAAAAUGGUUAAAAUGGCAAAGUUUUGUUAUAGCGACCCUAUAGGUCAGGGUAGAGCUGCCCCAUGAAGUUUCCAAGGAUCGCCUGGUGGAUUUGAACUGCCAACCCUUUGGUUAGCAGCUGUAGCACUUAACCACUAUGGCGCCAGGGUUUCCAAUAUAUUUUAUCACAAUUCAAAAAAAA